CUGUGGAGGAGAGCAGAGUGCCAUGAAGACCGUCUGUGUGUGAGCAUUUUGCUGUCAUCACUGCAAGAAGAUGAUCCUGCUACCGGCUCUGUUGUUCAUUCUCUGGGGAGAACCGGCUCGGUGCCUGGAGGAGAAUGGAGCCUUCAUUUUCGAUGGAGACAUCCGCCACUUCGCUGUGGCCACCACCACGGUUUACAUCGCUACAGCGGAGACGCUGUACCAGCUGAGCCACGACCUGACUCUGGUCCAGAGUCUGACACAGAGAGGAAUCCUGAAGGGUGUGGAUCAGAUUGGCAAUGCGCAGUUUUCCCGGGUUUCGGAGACGGAUGAACGGAACGCGACUUUCAGUGUCAACUUGUUAUUGCCUUUUGUUGAGAAUAAAACUCUGAUCAGCUGCGGUGUGAUCGAUUGCGGUUACUGUGAGGUGCUGGACCUGAACAACAUUUCUAAUGUGCAGCAUUCGGAGCACAUCCAGGUGGGAUCCUCGAGGCGCAGCAGCGCAUCCAUCGGCUUCCUGGUGAAUGUGAAUGUGGAGGAGACAACUACCGAGACUUACAUCCUGACUGCCACACAGCGAUACAAAGACAAAUCCACAAAGAGAAGCUGCAUCUCAGACUCAGAAGAGGUGCGACUUGUUAAUACAGAUAAGAAUCAAUACGGAUCUAUAUUUUCGUUUAUUAGCGAAAGUUCAGACUAUGCGAUCAAACGUUAUCCUUCAGGCAGUGCGGAGUUCUUGGAUGGAUUUCAGAACAAUUUAACCAUUUAUCUUUUCUCUAACCUGCCCUCAAGUGACACCAGCAACAGAGUCCGUCUCAUUUGGCUCGAGGGCAAAAGAAACAAAGCGGAGACUCUCAGGUCGCUGCGGGGCGCGACCCUCAGCGUCUCUGAUGGGGGGAGAGGCAGCAGACUCCUCGCCUCCUCGGUGAUCCCGGGCGGGCCGCCGGUGCUGUGGAGCGGCGUGUUCAGUGUGGACGGAGGACACACCGACACAGAGCUGGCACUGUUUGACAUCAGUCCUGAUCUCACCGGAGCCACUGAUGCAGAUCCAGACUUCUGCAGUGGCUGCACAAAUAAGCCAAGACCGAAGCCAAAGACUCUGAAGCCCAAGGCGGUGCUCUUCAGGCAGAACUCCAUGACCUCUGUGCUGGCAGUGAGACAGAAGGCCUGGAUGGUUUUCUUCAUUGGGACAGGAGAUGGGCAGCUCAUUAAGCUUGCUGUGGACAGGAACUAUCGCACCACCUGUCCCAGGGUGCUCUACAGGGCCACUGACGACCGCCAAGUGUUUCCCAAAAUGCAUCUGGAUCAAGUGGAUCUUAAACACGUGUACCUGCCACUUCAGAACCAGAUGAUGCGUGUACCUGUGUCAAUGUGCAGCACAUACACAAAUGUGCAGGACUGUUGGUCUGCACAGGAUCCGUACUGCGUCUGGUGCGGCACUAAAAAAAGUUGCACAUUUGUAGAUGACUGCCAAGAUUACGACUGGUUAUCCAUUCCUGACGAUUAUCAACAGAAAAUGGUUUCCUACAACGUUGAAAAGGACGUCAGAGGCCAGAUCACACUUAACAUCCAGACACAUCUGACUGUGGGCCAGAAGGUGCUCUCUAACUUCGCCUGUCAAUUCUCUAUGAGUUCCAGUGAGCUUUGUCGCAGAGACAGCCCUCCUCCACAUUUCCCACAAUGCACCUGCAUCCUUUCUAAAGGCACACUUCCUGCUGGAGGCCUGAAUGUCACACUGAAGAUUAAAGUUGGGACGACACACUUGAUUGAACUACUGAAGCUAUCCAACUGCUCGGACAUCAGGGGCCCGCCAACUUCUGUCCUGUGUCGGCAGUGUAUCGGUGCCGGGUGUAGCUGGAGCCACAACGGCUGUUCCUGGGCAAAUCAAGGCGUGGGCAGUGUCAGUGUUUGCCAACAGAUGGAGUCAGGGAUGAACUUUACUAGACCAGAGAUCUCCUCCAUCACUCCCAGUGUUGUUUCUUACUACGGCAGAAACCAUGCGUUGUUGUCUGGUUAUAACCUCAGUGAUGUGACCAGAGUGAGGAUCCAAGCGGACAUGGCCUGCACUCCACAAGAAUCUCCUGUGUGGAACAACACUGGUGUGAAACUGAUGUUCCACAUUCCCAGUGCCAAUAAUAAAGGUGUGGUCAAAGUAUGUGUACUCCUACCAGAUGGUAGUUGCCAUGGCAAUGCUGCAAUCACCUACCAGUCAUCCCCAUCCUGCACCCACAUUGUACCAAGCAGCACCUGGAUCAGUGGGAAGAGGAAUAUCACACUCAUGGGAUCCCACCUGGAGUUUGUGGAAGGGGUUGUGCACAGCCACGCCCCACAGGAAGUCAGACCUUCCAGGUUCAGGAACAAUCAGAGUCUCACCUAUGACACACCUGCAGCUGAAAAUGGGAUUUCUACUAGCACUGUGUUUCUGAAAGUAGCCAAUGAAACCUUGGCCUGCCUGCCAACAAUGACCUACUAUCCAGAGCCCCAGUUCACUAGCUUUACAUCCACGAGAACAGGGGACGAUGUGCGUAUCACCAUACAGAAAGAGGCAGACAAACUGGAGAUGACCAUAGCAGAGCUGGAGGUGUGGGGCGUUGAGGAAGAAAAACAACACCCCUGCAUCAUGGAAGCCAAAGAAACCAGUAAUGAGACUGACUUUUUCAUCUGUGAGAUUCAGAAGACACCCAACGCUAACUUUCAGCAGUUAAAGAUAAAGUAUGGAGACAAGACAUUGACAUUGAAGACUAGAUCUUCAUUACAUCUGUACCUGAUGCUUCUUGUCCUUCUGCUGAUACCCUGCAUUAUUGUAGCAGUGGUGAUCGUCUCCCGAAGCCAACAGAAGAAGCUCACUGUUAAGAUGAACAAGCGUAUGGAAGACCUGGAGCUCGACAUCAGGAAUGACAUUAGACAAGGCUUUGUGGAUCUGCAGACAGAGAAUGCUGACCUGAUGGAAAAUGUUGGAGCGAUUCCUUUUCUGGACUACAAGCAUUUUGCCUCCAGAAUCUUUUUUCCUGAGAGUGAAUCUUUUAUGACGUCGUUUAUCAAAGACAUUGGCCAGGAUGUGGUGAAGGUUCAGCUUGAUGAAGGUUGCCAGAGCUUGUCCAGGCUGAUCCAGGACCAGCUCUUUCUCACAUCCAUGGUGCACGCGCUGGAGGAGCAGAAGACCUUCACCAUCAAAGACAAGUGUGCGUUGGCCUCAUUACUGACCGUAGCGCUCCACAACAACUUGUCAUACUUGACCGAGGUAAUGGAAGCUCUGCUGAAGGCUCUGAUGCAGCAGAGCAGCAACGCUCAGCCCAAACUGCUGCUACGUCGCACUGAGUCCAUCGUGGAGAAAAUGUUAACCAACUGGAUGUCAGUCUGCCUUUAUGGCUUCCUCAGGGAAAGCGUUGGCCAGCACUUGUUCCUGAUGGUGAGUGCUCUCAUGCAGCAGACCGCAAAAGGACCUGUGGAUUGCGUGACAGAGAAAGCUCUGUACACACUGAGCGAGGACUGGCUGCUGUGGCAGGCUCAGGACUUCAGCUCCCUGAAGCUGAAGGUGCUGUUUGCAGUGGGCAGUGAGGGAGAAGUCAGCGAACCUCUGGAGGUCAGUGCUCUCAGCUGUGACUCAGUAGAGCAAGUCAAAGAGAAAAUCCUGUCCACUUUUAAGGCAAAGUUUGGUUUCCCCUACAACAGUCCUCUUAGGGACAUUCGUAUCGAGUAUGAGAACGAUGGCUCGUUUGUUACUCUAGAGGAAGUGGAUGCAAGCUCUCAGGUUAUUGGUGAGGUGACCAUGCUCAACACACUCAAGCACUACAAGGUUCCUGACGGUGCGACAAUCAAAGUACUCUCUAAGAAAACUCAUCCUCCUGUGAGCCCGCAGGGAAGUCUAAAGGAUGAUGAGAACUUCUCUGGAAAAUACUUCCACUUGAUUGAUCCUGAUGUAGACGAGGACCAAAGAAAGAACCCAGAGAGGAAGAAGUUAAAACUGAAGGAAGUGCACCUCACCAAGCUCCUCUCCACAAAGGUGGCAGUGCAUUCAUUUGUGGAGAAUCUGUUCAGAUCUAUCUGGGGGACACCACACAGCAAAGCCCCGCGUGCUGUCAAAUACUUCUUUGACUUCCUGGACACUCAGGCCGACAACAUGAAGAUCACCGACCCAGAUGUUCUUCACAUCUGGAAGACCAACAGUUUGCCUCUGCGCUUCUGGGUCAACAUCAUGAAAAACCCCCAGUUUGUUUUUGACAUGGAGAAAACUCCACAAUUGGACAGCUGCCUGUCUGUCAUUGCUCAGGCCUUUAUGGACUCCUUUUCGCUCAGUGAGACCCAGCUAGGAAAGAAUGCACCAACCAACAAGCUUCUCUAUGCCAAAGACAUUCCAAAGUUUAAACAGGAAGUAAAGGCUUACUACAAGCAGAUCAGAGACCAGUUACCAAUCACAGAUUCUGAAUUCAAGGAAUUCCUGCAGGAAGAGUCAAAGAAACAUGAAAACGAGUUCAAUGAAGCUGCAGCCCUCAGAGAACUCUACAAAUUCAUUCAGCGAUACUUCCUAGAGAUCAAAGAGAAGCUGGACCAAAACGGAGCCCCUACUGAGCUGACGGAACAACUACAUCAUGUUAAAAAGUCAUUUGACGGACUGAAAAGCUGCUCCUGGAACUAAGCUUUCGUCUUUUUACUCAUAUCAAGUAACUUAAGGACGUGGAAGUAGUGUGGGGGUUAGAGAUCAGGCAGGGGAGUGGGGUCCUGGCCCCUCUGCACCAGAGAUCCUAGUUCCUCCAACUGCUGCUGCUGGGCACUUUCCAAAUCCUCCAACCUGCGACGGAGCAAAGCCAACUCCCUCUGAUGCUGCUCCUCCUGCCACACAGAGGG